UGUCUCCUCCUCUGCCUCCUCUCUCCUCCUCUCCCCUCUGUCCUCUGUCUCCGCACAUCCUCUGAGCCGAAGCGGUGAACAGCAUCACUCCUUCUUUCUCAGUGUUCAGAUGCUCCAGGAAGUGCUCACACCCUCGAUCAUCUCCAACUAAAACCACCAGGUUUAUCGGGGCGUAGCAGAGAAGCUCCACGUCCACCAGGUGUGGAUCAGAAGUACAACUUGCCAUCGAUUGGAUCGAGAGGGAAUUCCAGCGGCAAGCGCCGUUGUGUUAAAGCACGUGUCUGGCUGUAGACUGUAGUGAUGAGUCGGCGGGAGGCGUUAGUGGGGAAUCCGGUGCCGAGUGCUGCGCCGGAGGUUCGGGUUAACGGCACCGAGUCGUCCUCUCCUGGAGCAGCCGCGCCCAAAGAUGAGGCUUUUUCUAAACUCAAGGACAAGUUCAUGAACGAACUCAACAAAAUCCCACUGCCAUCAUGGGCCAUUGUGGCCAUUGCCUUCGUGGCCGUGGUCCUCGUUGUGUCCUGCUGCUUCUGCAUCUGCAAAAAGUGGAUAUUCAAGAAGAAGAACAAGAAAAAGGGCAAGGACAAGGGCAAGAACGCCAUCAACAUGAAGGACGUGAUGGACGGAACCAAGACGGAGGCUCUGAAGGACGAAGACGAAGUGGAGACCGGACUCUCGGAGGGUGAGAAGGAAGCCGAGCCUAAGGAGCAAGAAAAACUGGGCAAAUUACAAUACUCACUGGAUUACAAUUUCACCGAGAACACGCUCAUAGUCGGGAUCAUCCAGGCCGCAGAGCUUCCUGCCAUGGACAUGGGUGGGACUUCUGACCCCUACGUGAAGGUUUACCUUCUACCUGAUAAGAAGAAGAAGUUUGAGACCAAAGUGCACAGGAAGACCCUAAACCCCACUUUUAACGAGCAGUUCACCUUCAAGGUUCCUUACACGGAGCUGGGAGGAAAGACGCUGAUUAUGACGGUGUACGAUUUCGACCGUUUCUCCAAACACGACGCAAUCGGAGACGUCAAAGUGCCCAUGAACAAGGUGGACUUCAGUCAUGUGACCGAGGAGUGGCGAGAUCUCCAGAGUGCAGAGAAAGAGGAACAAGAGAAGCUGGGUGACAUCUGUUUCUCUCUGCGCUACGUUCCCACUGCCGGCAAACUCACUGUCGUCGUCCUGGAGGCCAAAAACCUGAAGAAGAUGGACGUCGGAGGUCUUUCAGACCCGUACGUGAAGAUCCAUCUGAUGCAGAACGGUAAACGUCUGAAGAAGAAAAAGACGACAAUCAAAAAGAACACUCUGAACCCCUACUACAACGAGUCCUUCAGCUUCGAAGUGCCGUUCGAACAAAUCCAGAAAGUUCAAAUUGUUAUAACUGUUCUGGACUAUGACAAGAUCGGCAAAAACGAUGCUAUCGGUAAAGUAUUCGUAGGGCUGAACAGCUCAGGCACCGAGCUCCGCCAUUGGUCGGAUAUGUUGGCCAACCCACGGAGACCCAUCGCCCAAUGGCACGUCCUUAAACCGGAGGAAGAAGUGGACGCCCAGCUGUCUGUCAAAAAAUAAAGCUCUGCCCCCUUUAGCCAUUAAAACCCCGCCCCUUUUAGUGGUCUUAACCCUGUGCGUGUGUACAUACCUCAGUGAAGUAUGGAUCCUUUACACCCUAUACAGUUUUUCUUCUUCUUCUCCUUCUUUGUCUUUUUCUCGUCUGGCGAUGAAACGCCUUCUUUUAUAAAUAGUUGUCGGCUUUCCGACCGCCACCCCCUCCCUAACACACACCUAUACACACCUAUACACACAUGCACACACACAUAUACACACACAGACACGCCCUUCGAGAGUGGUGUUUAGCAUUCCUUCCUGUCUCCGCCUGCUGUUUUGACCAUCAUCCACAUGACCUUUAAACCCCUUAAUCCCUUCUUUUAAGCAAUAUGAUCCAUGUAGAUAGAGCAUGAAUGAAAAAAAAUCAUUAAAAUAAUUAAACGUGUACCACAGGUGUAUAUAAAUAUCCGUAUGCAGACGAAAAAAUAUAUAUAUAUAUAUACGAUUUCUAGUUUGUGUUUGUAUGUUGUUACCUGUUUCCUAAUCUGUGUAUAUCUCGAUGUUUUUAUUAAGAUAUUCUAUUUUAAAUGAUGUAAAUGCAGAUAUAGCAGAGCCAAUAUUCUAUAUAACCGCAGGAUUUACCAUAUCUAUCUUAUUGCAUUCCAGUUAUUUAUAUAUAUAUAUAUAUAUAUAUAAAUAAUUCUGACCUGCGAGACGAGAGUUAGGGGUAUUCAAAAAAAAAAACAAGGAUUUUUCCAAAUGGCUGGAAAAAAAAAAAGAGAGAAGGAAGAGAGAAACCCCGUAUCUACUGGAUUACUGUAAUAUAUACCUAAAACAUCUUCAGGAUAUUACAUUUUAGUAUGGAAACAUAGGCCAUUAACUGAUAUGGUUCAGUCGGAUAUUACAAAAAAAUUCUAAUUAUGCAGGAAGUUCUACAAGCACAUGAGUUUUUUAACCUUCUUUCAUUUUUAUACAUUUUUUUUCUCAAUCAGAACUUUUUUCCUAAAAAGCCCAAGCAUGAAGAGUUCACUAACAGGUUCCAUUUAAAAUAUUUGACCUUUUUAAAGCCUUACGUUAAUUCUUUACAAUCAAAUUAUUAUUUUUUUUUGUAGCUGCAUAUUUUUAGUAUCAUUUAUUUCUAUUUAAUUAAAAAGCUUUUUAAAGGCUUACUUUUUUUUUUGCUAACGCCAUGUUUUUAUAUGAACUGCUAUUGUAUUUUAAUUUUUUUUUUGUAACUGCAUGUUUCUUGUUUUUUUUGUUUUUUUUAGUUGUUUUUUUUUUGUUCUACACCAUCAGGCCUUUUAGCCAUAAUGGGAAGAAAAAAAACGUUUAAAAAAAAAAAAGAUAAUGAUGCUGAUUUCUCCAGAAAAAUAAAGUCGGUAAUAAUAAUAUAAUAAUAAUAAUAAUAAUAAUAAUAAUAAUAAUAAUAGUAACUCACAGUGUAAUAAGUAAACCGACUCUAAGCUUUUAAACUGCCAUUGUUUUUCAGGGAGGUGAGAAACGUAUGUGACUUUCUCCUCGUAGCUUUCGGUUCUUUGGGAACAAUUAACUUUCAUCAAAGGCAUUUAUUUUGGGACUCGAAGGUGCGAAGUCGAAUUUUUUGGACUUUUCGUUGCCUCUUUUUUCCGCAGUGAUGACCAGCCUUAGCCGUGCUUCUACUGCCACUUCUGCUCCUUUACAACAUGGCUACUGUUCUGCACUGUGGGGACGAUAAAUUCAGUGUUCUGGAUGAGAGAUUUAUUCGUUUUUCUGGAUCAGAUUGAAGUCAGGCCCAGAAAAAUCUUACAAGUUUUAAAGAUCGAAAAGUUCAGUGGAUUAUUUCAAAUCUGAGGCAGUCCGAGUUGAUGGUUUGAGUAAAUAAUGAUGUUAGUCAGGUUUCCUCCAUUUAAUCCUCCAAUCGCUCAACAAAUUAAACCUUAAACAGGUCGAAAUGUGUUACUUUUCUGCUAAAAAAAACUGAAAAGAAACAUAACCGUAGAAGUUAAUGGUCUGAACAUAAAAUACUAUAAAUUCCACAAUCCUUUAUUACAGGUUUAACACAAUGGUGAGUCUCACGAUGAUAAAAUCUGUAAGAAUUCCUAAACAUCUUCUUGUUCACAAGCAGUUUCUCUUUCUUUUAUUGAGAAAUAUUAAAUAUGUUUCAGGAAAUUUCCCAGUUAUCGGAGGAAACCCGAUAACCAACUCGUACGUGAUAUUUGUCGAGCUGUGCUUUUUUUUAAGAAAUUGGUCAGAAUUUAACUCAAAAUAAAUUCUUACUGAUUAUUUGUAGAAAUUCGUAACGAUUUUGGACGCAAAGUUUUUACAGACAAAUUUCACAAAAUAGUUCUUACAAUUUCUUUUUUUAAAUUGAUUUUUAUAUCAAUUAAAUACAUUUAUUAUAAAAUUUGUUCAAUUAUAAUUUUUUUUUUUUUUGUAUUCAAAAUGUGAUUAAAAUAAAUUCGGCCCCUGGUCCCAGGAUGACACGAACCAUUUCCGGUUUUGGUUCAAACCUCGACUUUGUGAUUGUCAUAAGAAGUGACUUUUAUAUUUCCACGUGUAAACCCACGUGAACAAAAAACUCACUGUUCGGAUUCUUACGGUUUUUCCCAUUAAAACCAGUGCAGCCUCUUGUAACGGAGGAACUCUGGUGUGUCCAUGGCGCGAGCUUCAGGAGGAGUUGAAUUAUUUAAUGUUAUUAAUGUUAUUAUCGUGUAGGUGAAUUAAUAAUGAUAUAAAAAAGUGAAAAACUCUCGUCGUCAUUUCCAUUAGACGUCUCUGAGGUCUGCUUUGUGUCACUGUGACUGCCGUGUGUGUGUGUGUGUGUGCGCGCGCGCAUGCGUGAGCGUGCGUGUAUGUGCGUGUGUUCGCGUGCCGUAGAGACGUAGACUUCAAUUAAUGAUCCUGUAGUGUUUUGUGCGCGUGUCUGUGUUUGCGCGCGCGUGCGUGCGUGUAUGUGUGUCGUACAGCCAUUUGUGUGUGUCAUCGCUACAUUACUGAGAAAUAAAUAUCAAAUCAAAUCAAUAAAAAAAAUAUAAAUGCGGGCGUGUACCGUGCGACAGGGAGCGCGUGCCCACGCGGCGUGGGGAUUUCCCUCGCGGCUUCCUCGCUCGAGCCGGGUUUUCAUUUCUGAGCACUGUGCAAUACUUCUAUGUUUCAUCAACUCCAAUAUACAUUAACACCCCCCACCCCCAACACACACACACACACACACACACACACACUCCUCCCUCCAACCCCCCGUAGUGUCAAACGGGCGACGAGAAAGAUUUUUUAUCGAUAUAUAAUUAAUAAUAAUCAUCAUCUCGUUUACGGUAUAAAUUAAUCGCGACGUCAGUAGGACGCAGCACGUGUAGGUCGCGUGUGUGUGUGUGUGUGUGUGUGUGUGUAUCAUAUUCCUGUCUACACCUCCACAUCCAAACCUUUCUUUCUUUCUUUCUUUCUUUCUUUCUUUCUUUCUUUCUUUCUUUCUUUCUUUCUUUUCUUCGACACACAGAUCCAGCCAUCUAAAUAUCACAGUAACGCGUAUGAAGUUAAAAUAUUACAGUAUAAAUAUAUUCAAAUCUUUUCUGUUUCCCACCAAAAAUAAAAAAUCCUAAACGUGUGUAUAUAUUUUUAUAUUUGCGUUCACACAAAAAAAAAAACGAACACAAAAAC